AUGCGUCGCUUUCUCCCGCUCCUCUUUGCACUUCUCGCCGUGCUGCUGGCGCUUACGCUGGCCGCGCCUCACUCUGUCAUCGAACCUCGUCGCAAGCACAUAUUCGACAAGCCGAACAAUGACAAUUUUCAAUCCUUCAGGGACAACCUGCACUGUUUCGCGAUGGAUGGGCCGACCUGGGUGAUGGAAGAUUGGGCUCAAUUCUUCAACUGGGCAAACACUACGCAGACCGGCAAGCCUCCGCCUCUCCCGCUCGAUGUGAGUGUUCUCGCUGACCAAGCAGACGACGGAGUAGCACGCGAAAGAUUCGUACCGAUCUGACAUGUAUCGCACGCAGGAUCUAAAAAUCAUCGCUUCGUGCGCCAAAGGCGUCAUGUGGGAACAGAUUCACAAUGGCGUUGGUGAUUACGUCGACAAUAUAGCUACCGCCGCGUUGCCUCUGGCGCUCACUGGACCUUGGGAAAAGCUGGGAGAGUACAUCAUCAACCAUCCAAUCAGAGAGGCACUCAUCAAAGCGGAGCUGCUGGACGCAGUGGCUGCCGCCUUUGCUGACAUUCGUCAGGUCUCGCAGGGCGAUGCUUGGUCCGCGGGCAUCCGAGGGUGAGUCUUGCGAAACGUCGGCGAGCUUCAGUCCACUUCUUGACUCUCCUUGACCACGCAUGCACUGAAUGUGUGCGUUGCUUCCCGCAGCUUGAGGGUCGGUGUCAAGGGACAAGAGCUGUCUGCUCGAAUCCAAACAUAUAAUCGAUAUAUCGGAGCCAUCUGCCACGACUUCGGAUGUCCGGAUCAAGGGAGCUGA